CAAGCGAGCUCAUUGGUCGCCCAGACGCCAGAGGGGACACACCGCACUCGCUCGCUCCCCUCCCUUACCCUCGCUCCCUUUACCUGCUUCCCUAUUUUUUUUAUACCUUCGCUCUAGAUUCAUACGUGUUGCCUUACCCUACUACCCUUUACUUACACCACCCUCCCCAGUCCUUAUUUUAUCCGUUCACCGUUCAAAACAAGUGCCAAGGGAAGAAGACGAGGACAAAAAAGUUCUCGUUCACGGCUGAACGUGGGACGACCCGAUCGGUAUAGCGAGGCCAGUGCCUGCGAGGGAGAGGACUCGAGCGGAGGACGAGAACAGAGCUUGCCUGACGUCGAUUGUGGAUGUCGAGUCGACUCUUCACUCCGACAAACAAGGUGGACGCACUCAAAGACACCAACGGCACCGCCAUGUCCGUGGAACCUCAAGUAAUGACAGUAGGCGGCGGCAAGACCUUGGACCCGAACCGCUAUGCCACGAAGAAGACGGUCGCUCAGGGCAUGCUCGACAUCGCCCUCCUGACGGCCAACGCCUCGCAGCUCAAGUACGUCCUCAGGAUCGGCGAGAAACACGAGUUCUACAGCCUUAUGCUCGGCCUCAUCAUCACGUCGCUGAUCCUGCAGGUGCUGGUGGGCGUGUUGUUCCUCAUAAUCGGCGGGAUGGACAUUAACGACCCAAAACAGCACACGGUCGCGGACAUCCUAAACAACGUUAUCCUCCUCUUCGUGUUUCUGAUCUCCGUGGACAAUGUGGUGCUCUCUUCCUUCGGGCUUGAACAAAUGAACAUUCACCCGCCGGGAACACCGAUUAAUGGCACGAGCAACAAGGAGCUUUGAGGGGACAUCUUUUUUUUUUUUUUUUUUUUUUUUUUUUUAAGGGGGGGGGGGUGUUGUUCCCUGUUUCAGAGGCUUAUCUCUAUUUUGUAAAAAAAAUGAUAAUAAAUGAGUUCGUGGACACAUCUAACCUUGUGAAAUUUGAUUAGGUAGUUGGUUCUUGACGUCGUAAAUGUUUUUUUUUUUUUUUUUUUUUUGUGAUCUGUAUGUUUUAUGGUGUGGCUGGAGUUAAGUAAAUAUAUCUGGCUAGACAUAAACACAACGACUACCUUAUAAAGUUACAAUUUGCUUGAUUUUUCUCCGGGAAUGAGACCCAGAAAUCAUCCCACGAAAGCCAAAUUUGUGUCCGUUUUGAAAUACCCAAGCAAGCACACCCGUGAAUACCCCAGAUCACAGAGACAUUUAAGACGUCAGGAGCAUUCAUUGUGCACGCGACCUCCAACAAGGCUUUACGAUUCCUGGUACAUACACUGACCUUAGAACAACGGCCACCACACAGCUUCCUAAACCUUGUUCCUCUGUGAUCCUGGCCCGUGCCUCUCUCCCUGUACUUAAAGGUACACAGCGUGUCAAUGUGCAGUAUGUCUAUUACACUUGGCAUGCGAAACUUUUAAGGAAAAACAAGAAACGUAAUUUAAGUGGUGUUGGGACCUAUCUUUCAUAAGCAGUUGAGUCAGUCGUAGUCAUUUAUCCGAUGCUGUCUGUAGCUCGACAGUGAAUGUGCUCAGUUGGAAAUUCUUUCUUUUCUUUCUCUUUCUCUCUCUCUAUCUAUCUAUCUAUCUCUCUCUCUCUAUAUAUAUAUAUAUAUAUAUAUCGCUCUCUCUCUCUCUCUCUCUCUCUCUCUCUCUCUCUCUCUCUCUCUCUCUCUCUCUCUCUCUCUCUCUCUCUCUCUCUCUCUCUCUCUUCUCUCUCUCUCUCUCUCUCUCUCUCUUGUAUAAUGGACUUUUUUGUUCCGAAUCUGGUACUUCAAGAACCGCAUGGCGUCACCUGGAAACGAACGGUGGCUGCUUGUGCAUUUCCUGAAGACAACUUUUGGAAGAUUGAUAUUAUUCAAAAUUGCACUAUUUCUUAGGAAGUAUAAAUGUCGUUGCUUUAAGUGAUUUCAUUGUGAUUUUCGUUUAAAGAUAAUUGAACAUAGAUUGGCACUUUCCACGCAUCGUAGAAAGUUUCAAAUUAAGGAAUAUGUUUUGGUGACCAGAAUCUCAAAAAGAAAAUAAUACAUAUUAAAAAAAAAAAACGAAAGUAUUUCACUUCAAAUUUGUAUGAGUAAGCAAUACAUAAAUAAGUUGUAUGUGGUUUGUAUAGAUACUAAGAAUCUCAUCUUUAUUGUCAUGUCAGAAUUUAAAAAAAUAAGAAUAACUAUUUUAAAGACAAGCAAUACAUUUUAUUAGCAAUAUAUAUAUGUGUGUGUGUGUGAAGACGAAAAUAAAAUGUAUCUGAAGUCCAGUACCUAUAGAUGGCGCCUCUUUUAUAUUCAAGUAGUCUGGAGUUGAACACUAUUACGCGGUGUUUUAGGUCUCUUCGCGUUCGAUUAGGUACAUUUCUUCAAGGCUGAUUAAAGAUCCUCCUUUUUUUCCUGUGGGCGUGACCGCAACGAGGUUUACGUAGCUCGAUUACCAGACAAAUAUAUAUACAUAUAUAUAUAUACCUUUGGCUUCCGUCAGCAUAACUCCCGUUUCUGUGCUGGUUCUCGAAUCGAAUCUUCUUGUUUGACCUUUUUGCAAUUGUAUGGGCCUAAGCAGCUAUUAGUAAUUGUUCAUAACAAUAGAUUAUUACACGAAUGAUUUCCUUGGAUUAUUAUGAAAUUUGAAUUGCGUGACAAUCAAGGUGUAAAAAAAAAUAAUAUGAAUGUUCUCUUCCCCCAAACAUUUUUAACCGUGUGAGUUCGAGAGAGCGAGACAAUACUCUCAGCUGAAAAUAUACAUACAUAGGUCGAGGAAAAUAAUAAGUGUAGCGAAGCUGUGACGAGACCGAAGGAAUAGCUGAGUUACAGAUGACGAAAUUAUACUUUGCCUGGAAGAAAACGGUAUCAUGAUGAGAAAAUGACACUCGUUAAAAUGAUAAAUUAUAAGACUUCAUGUAGUGAUUAGUGUUGCCGCUGAGCUUUGUCAACUUGGUCUUUACGAUUUCCAGGACUUCGCGAAUUGUUCAGAAUUAAUUACUCAUAUUCUUGUGUAUUUUUUGUUUCGAGUUACAUGCCCACAACAAUCACGUGAAAGGGACUUUUCCAUAUCCCAAAUUCAAUCAUUUGCAUAUCAUUUGAUAUGAUAAACAUAACGAUCAAAGUUUUACUAAAGGAUACGAAGCGAGUUAUGCUAAAUACUAGUCUUUAUCCAUAUUAGACUAUUUUUCCCAUUUUCCAACAAAUUCGACAGAAGACAGAGACUCGGAAAACGUACUGAUCAAAGUCGCUCUUUCGGCUCACAAAAGGUUACACUGCUAUCAUCUAGUUGAGUUAAGGUUGCUUGAUAAAACGUUUGAGUACUUUCCUCUUUGUUGACUAUUAUGUACUGUGAUACACUGACCUAAGUACAACACUAAGUGUUAUUUUACAAUCGCAAGUUUGUAUCUAGCAAUAGACAGUAUUUUUAAAUUGUUAAUGUUGUAAAUCACAAGAAAUUUUGUAAAUGUGCUCGAGGUGAAAGUUAGGUACAUAACAUCUUACGAAGUUUAUUGGUAAAGAAAAUAUUAAACUUACAAAUCACAGUAACAUGUUCAUACGUAACGACAAAUACAAUGAAGUAUAUAUCUAUAUUCUAAACCGUAAGUUGGAAACCAAAACACUUAGCACAAAAAUGUUACUUAACUCUUCACCUGACUGAUAUUUUUCCCAACUAUGUACAUACUUAUGGUGUGAUUUCAAAUAAACAAAGAGAGAUUA